GCCAUAGUGGAAAGUGGAAACUUCGUACCCUUUGCCUCGCUGUCACUGACUCACUCUCCAGUCUCCUCAUCCUUUAUAAGCUCUCGCUCCUGCUCCUUCAACAAAUUCAAAAACACUCUCUGCUUUCAACUUCAAUACUCUGUUUCCCUUGCAUGCACUGCACAUAAUCAAGUGAUUUCUUUCAAUAUGUGGCUGUUGCUCUUGUUCACUAUGCUCUCUUUUCCACACCCUUCAUGCCAAAUGCUACUCUUGCCCCUAACCCACACUCUUUCCCAAGCCCAAGCCCAAGCCCAAGCCCAAUUCAACGCCACUCACCACCUCUUGAAAUCCACCUCCACCCGUUCCGCGGCCCGUUUCCGGCGCCAACUCUCCCUCCCCCUCUCCCCGGGCAGCGACUACACACUCUCCUUCAACCUGGGCCGGCAGGCCCAGCCCAUAACACUCUACAUGGACACCGGCAGCGACCUAGUCUGGUUCCCCUGCGCCCCUUUUAAAUGCAUCCUCUGCGAGGGAAAGCCCAACGAGCCCAACGCCUCUCCCCCCACCAACAUCACCCGAAGCGUCGCCGUUUCAUGCAAGUCCCCCGCAUGCGCCGCAGCGCACAACGCCGCCUCCACCUCCGAUCUCUGCACCAUGGCUCGUUGUCCUCUCGAAUCCAUCGAAACCUCCGAUUGCGCCUCUUUCAAGUGUCCACCGUUUUACUACGCCUACGGCGACGGAAGCUUAAUCGCGCGUCUCUAUCAUGACACGCUUUCCCUCUCCUCGUUGUUUCUCACUAACUUCACCUUCGGUUGCGCUCACACCACGCUCGCCGAACCUACCGGCGUCGCCGGCUUCGGCCGCGGAUUACUCUCUCUCCCCGCUCAGCUAGCUACGCUCUCUCCUCAACUCGGAAACCGCUUCUCCUAUUGUUUAGUCUCUCACUCGUUCGACUCGGAGCGGGUUCGGAAACCGAGUCCACUCAUCCUCGGCCGUUACCACGAGAAGGAUAAGAAUAUUCGCGGUGGCGAUGAAGUGGUUGAGUUUGUGUACACGCCUAUGCUUGAAAACCCUAAGCAUCCUUACUUCUACUGCGUUGGCUUAACCGGAAUAUCCGUCGGGAAGAGGAUUAUUCCGGCGCCGGAGAUUCUGCGGCGGGUGAACGCGCGAGGCGACGGCGGCGUUGUGGUGGACUCCGGCACGACUUUCACGAUGUUGCCGGCGGGAUUCUACAACUCGGUGGUGGCGGAGUUCGAGCGGCGAGUGGGGCGAGUGAACUCGCGCGCGCGUGGGGUGGAGGAGAGAACGGGACUGGCGCCGUGUUAUUAUUUAAAAGCGGGGGCGGAGGUGCCACGCGUUACGCUGCGUUUCGCGGGGGCGAAUUCGAGUGUGGUGCUGCCCAGGAAGAACUAUUUCUACGAGUUUUUGGAGGGUGGUGAUGGGGCGAGGAGGAGGGUGGGGUGUCUGAUGAUGAUGAACGGUGGAGAUGAGAGUGAGUUGAGCGGUGGGCCCGGGGCCACGCUCGGGAAUUACCAGCAGCAGGGGUUUGAGGUUGAGUAUGACUUGGAAGCCAAGCGCGUGGGGUUCGCUAAGAGGCAGUGCGCGUCUCUUUGGGAGAGACUCAAUCGCGACAAAAACUAGCGUACGCUGCACUGCACACACCGGAUUCCCUCACGGGUCGGGUCUUUCUGUAAAUUCAAAUAACGCGGCCUUUGGAGCCAUGCAUGCGCUUGUGUGUCUACUAAAUAGGAAAGUUGUACACUAGUAUAUUUUUAAAAACCCUAUUGUAAAAAGGAAAAAUUGUAAGUAAACAUCAAAUGGUUGAGAUUGAGAGUAAUAUAUUUUUAUUUUUUUAUGUGA